GGAAGUUGGUCGAGUGAAUUUCUUCAAGAACAAACAAGACUAAGAUCACUACUUUACAACUAGGCACUAGUCACGUGAAAGAUGUUCAUGGCCGUAGACUGCUUUCCUUGUUCUUCCUUCCAUAAAUGACAUCCUUUUUCUUCGUCAAGAGACACAAAAAAUGGGAGAUGUAACGCCACCAGAAGGAAAUCAAAGCGUGCUGCCAGCGCGCACGCCGCGAAUCGGAGUCGGCCAUAGUAGCGUCUUUGACGACUGGCAGCACGAGUUUGGCAACCCUGGCGAUCCCCUGAACGCACUCACCCCACCCAUGGACUUGGAUGAUGAAACUCCGCCAAUGAUAGUAAACGACUUAGGUGGAGAAGAACAAGUCGGAGUCGGAGAUGAAGCAGCACUUGUUGUUGCAGGAGCACAGGCACAGGUAGAAGAGGCACCCGCAGGCAAGGUAGCUACGGAACAGGUAGAGAAGAACAAAGCUCGAGGGAGUUCUUCUUCGUCUUCCUCCUCUGGCAAGAAGACCAAGAAGAAGGACAAUCUCCAGGAUGUCAACAGCAAAACAAGCAGCAAGAAAGCCCACGGAGCUCCCGCAGUUCCAGUAGAGUCUUCCUCUUCCUCCUCCUCUUCGAGUACUACUGCUGCCGCUCUAGCAGGUGGCAAGAAUAGCAAACCGAGUACGACUGCCGCUCUAGUAGCGGCAGGUGGCAAAAAACAACCACAAGCACAAGCGCAGCCACCUCUUUCUAAGAAGCGAAGUGCCCCACUUAAUAUUGCGAAGGAAUUAGAGUCGUCUGAUGAGGAGUCCACGCAAGAUGACUCGGCUAAUCACGAGAAUUCGGAAGACGAUCGCACUUUCUCCAAGACAGCGGGAAAAAGAAGAUGCGCCAGACCUAUUGUCAAAGAUUCCCAGGUCUCCUUUCACGGAUUCACCGACUGGAUCGUCGUCACAAACAUGUACUGCAGUUCUUACCUUGUCGCCCGAUGCUGACUGAGACUAAUGCUGGCGCUUCUUGUUAUUUUGUUUUAGCGUUUGACUUUUUCAAAAUCAAUCUGUUACACCUAUACGCAAGAGUAUCCGUCUGCUUGUGCUGCUCUUCACGUUCGCCAUCUUUCUUUGAUGUUGUAAUCUUUCUUCGAUGUUGUAAGAAAGCUCCAAAAGGAUGCUGAAUUUGGACUAGAGGACUGCCCAUCUUGUCCUCUUCAUUUCAAAAAAAGCACAUGCUUCCUCCCCUCGUCCAUCAGGUGCGUGAACAAAACUGGCUCUGGCAAGAGCCAGGUGACUGCUCGCUUUUUGGCCAGGCGCGACUUGGAACGGAAGAAAGUGGUGUUUCGUAAAAUCGAAAAGGAUGCGUCGGGUGAUGAGUGCAGGCGUGUAAAUCUUCACCACUACAAGAACAGCCUGCGCGACUACGUCAAUGCGCCUGGGAUCCGUGCCCAAAUCGAGGCCUACCUAGACCGCCGCUGCCAUCCCUACGAGUGGCGACGACAAGAGGAAACGAGGAAGCACGCAGACGAUAAGGCAGUUGAAGAGGAAAAUAGACGACUCCAGCAAGCAUCUGGCAGCCUGUUGGAUGAUGCCUCUCUUUCUACAGGUGGAGGCGCAGCGCGAACUGAUGGCUAUAUGGACAGAGACGUGCGAGCAGCGCGCAAUGUUUUCGAAAAAAUUUGCCGGGGACAGAAUCACGUCCGACAAGUUAUUUGCAUUCCGCGGCCAAGAUGUACUACUGCUUCAGCUUCAAGUAGUUGCUCUACUAAAAAGGCCCAAAAAUUCGGGGGCGCUGUUGUAGUUCCUGCAGCUUCCGCUUCAUCCUCGUCCUCAUCUUCUUCCUCUUCAAAAGUAACCUUCCCGCGAGUCGUUCCUGGAGAUGAAGGAGGAGCCUGUACUUCUAGCAGCAAAGGAGCCAUGCGGAGGCAGGAGUUGAUCGCACUAGAUGCGCCGGCUGCUGCAAUUGAAAAGGACAUAUUCGAAGACCUUGACGGCUCCCUCCAAAAGGAAGACGUUCGCAAACUAUACGAGAAGCGCGCUACAGCUUUGCAUGAAGAACAUUUAGUGCACAAAUCCAAACAAACAACAUCUUCUCCUCCCAAAGAGAGAAGGCUAUCUUCAUCAUCCAAGAACGGUAUGAACAACGACCAGAACACGCCAAAAGCAGGUGAAGAAGAUGAAGAUGACGAUCUCGAGAUCGAUAUGGAGCUGGACAUGGAAUUACCAGAAUCAGAGAAGCAAGCACCUUCCAACCUCCGUCCUCAUAUUGAGAGAUUUUGGAUGCAGUAUGGCCGUCACAGACACCUGAGGCCGGACUUCGUCGCGCACACCAUUUGGCUGGCCUCAAGCAACUGCCCUUCUUUGAAAUUCAUACGAGAGCACUUCGACAAGAAAUCUGUGCAGCGGAUUGUAGAGGAAGUGGCCCUAGCCAAUCCGCCUGAGGCAAUAGAACGCAAGGAAGCAAAUCCGAAGCCGAAACGUCGAAGGAGCAAAGCUAGAGCUUCUCAAGGAGGUCUGAAUCAUGGCGAAGGAGCUUUCCUCUUCUUGGAUGGCGAAGAGGUGGGAGAGGAUUUUGAACUCGAUGGAGCAAAUGCCAAGCGGUGUAAGAAGGACCACAAUGAUGGCGAGGAUUUCGCGUCCUCUGCUAAUGUUGACCAAGCUGCCCAAGGCGAGGAGUCUGAAGAUAGUGAUGACAAGUUGUUGAUCGGUUUGGCUUCUCCUUCAAACAAGAAAGGCGAAGGAGAUGAGAAGAGGAAAGGGGACCAAGAAGAGGCGGAGGACAGUGAUUUGGCUCUCGACCUCAGUCGCGACAAUGUUGACUAUGAUGCGGAGCAGGUCGCCGCUUGGGCAUGGGAGGAACGAGAGAAAGCUCUCCAGCUAGCCUUAGGCGAUCCGGAAGCGUUCGUAGAUAAAAUGGAUAAGGGAAUCAAGCAGCGCUUUGAUGAGCAGAAGAUGCGCUACAGAACGAAGAUGGAAGGUCUGCGGGAAAAGAUCAAGGAGAAGCUGCGUGUGGAGGAGGAAAAGAUCGUGGAGAUAGACAAGAGAGGAGCUGCGAAAAUCGAAGAGAGGACGAAGAAACUGAAGGAACAUCGCGCGACCUUGAGCGCGGAACUGCGAGAAGCUGAAGCGCAGUUUUUAUGUCAACAGCUACCAUUGAAUUACUUAAUCAACUUUUUUGACUAUGGUGUUUCUUCCUUUGACUGACUCUAUCUGCCCGAGAACUCCUGUUGAUGAUGUAUGGUUGCUAUUUCGUUUCAAGAUCAAAAUUGGCUUGCCAGAGAUGCGUGGCCUCAGCACUUCGUCUAUCAGUACUCGAAAUGAAUGGGCGGCCACAUGAUCUCUCCCCCCUUCAUUUUCCCACGCUCGCAUGGUGAACACAAAAGCGCUUGUGGUCAGUAAGAUCGAGGCCGAAUUGUUGGAGUUGAGAGGGGAAAAGCAAAAAGCCGAGGAAAAAAAGUUGAAUGAGGAGAAGGCGAAAAUCAAAAAGCAGCACCAAGAAUACGUCGACUAAGGCCCACCUAAUCCAUCUUCAGAAGCUGCAUCUUGAGACUGUGCGUUCCAUAGAUAAGGGCGGAAUGGCUUCAAGAAGGGCCUCCAGAUGAAUUAGGGUAAGCUCUAAGUUGAGAAAUACGAAAGGAACAGACGACGCCUGAAUGAGGUGCAAGAGAAGCACCGCUUCGAGGUGGAGAAGGUCAAGCGCGAACACCUUUCGAUCAAAGAGCAGCUGGAGCGUGAUAGGGAGGAGAAGAAAGAGAUCGAGACGAAGAUUAGAGCCAUGCACGGCGAGCAGAAGCGCGCUGAAGCUUGGGAAAAGUCUAAGUCUGAACGUGCUGCUGCUGCCGAGAGGCAAGGACGCGAACUCCUCCAAAAAGAACAGCGGGAAAGAGCACUCAAAGAAGCUCUAGAGAAUCGGAUCCAAAAACUGCAGCAGGAUAACAACAAGCUCCAAGAAGAUAUUUCUACGAAACUAAAGCCGGAGCAGGCGAAUCUUCAAGCACAGAAAAGCGCAGUCGUUGCUUAUGGCUCUUCGGGUGCAGUAGAAACUAACAUGUGGCGCACUAGUCUUAUUCAAGUCUUGGAUAUUGUUUAGUCUCCAUAGUAGUAUGUACGUGGCUACUCGAGACUUGUGGUUGUGCUAUAGUAGCUAGGAGCAGUACUACAGUGACUAUAGAAGUAACAGUAGGGAGAGCAGUACUAUAUUGACCACCUCACUCUCCUGUCCAGGAGGUUCUUCCCAGCCUUCUGUAUUACAACCGCCGCAGCACUCGUCUGCGCAGCCUUCUUCUCAACCUUCUGUGCUACAAUUCAGGCUAUCAAAUGCCAGGAGCAUGCAUUAUACUCAAGGCUUGACGUACUAAGAGCAGUGCCAUGCGUAUUUAGACUUCUAGCAGGAAGCUGUUGUAGUGACUAGAGUGAAUGUUUUGGAGCGUCAGGGCCGUGAGAUUUAAGAACUUUCAGCACGGUGGUCCAAAGGAUCAGAAACUUACCGGAAACCUUCAAGAAACUUGCGAUGCUUUCUGGGUCUGGCGCUUCUUUUCUUGGUGCAUCAAAAUGGUCAGACUACUGCUCGCUCUUUAUUAUAAGUAGACGCUUCCUCAGUUCUUGUUUAGUGCUUUCAUUUUCUUAUGCUGUUCUACUCAUUUUUUCGUCCUCCACCUUGUUCAUGUUUCGGAGCUUCAGAAACGGGAGAUGGAGCAAAAAGAGAAGGAGAGGAAGGAGCGCCUUGUGGCAGAGGAGCAGCGUCGCGCACACGAAGGGGCUGAAAUGAGAGCGAAGACACGAAACUGCUCCGAACGUGUCAGGCCUGGUGGUCUGAAAGUGAUUCAUUACAAGUAAGGCAAGAACAAAAGACACUCUUGAACAGAAAGGGGACUCGACUAUUUAGUCCUUUUAUUUUCUUAGUAUUUUUUCCAUAAGACGGAGUCCUACUACUUUACCCACAUUUAUUACUUCUACAAGAGCAGUAGUGAAUUCAUCCCAAUCCAUACACCCGGUAAAAGGAGAAACAAACUACAGCUUAGCUGCAGCUUCUUCAUCUAAUCAAGAGGGAUGCGCUAUGCCCGGACGCCGUUAGCACGCGAAUGGCACUUGCUGGCGAAUAGGAGCAAUUUUGAGGCCUUAAGGUCUGACGCCCCUUGGAAUCCGCGCGAGGGGAAGACGCUAGUGCACCACAGAUCUAACGACAACGUGGUAAUUGACGAAACACUAAAAGCCGAGCUCGAGCGUGAAUACAUGGGUGGCUUCGUGAGUCCGGCCGGCAGGGUGGCUGUUGAGACUCUGAUCUCUGCGAAUACGAGUCAGGGUCUGCUGGAGCCGGUACCUUGUAAGGAUUACCAAGCGAGUCAGUUGCUGCCGUACUUCAAAGGAGGCGCGCCGACUGGGUGCGUGCUUGCUGAGAAGGACCAGAUGAAGCUCGUCGACUUAUGUGGUCGUGUGUGCAUCUAUUUAGGGUAUUUUCUAGCAAGCUGGGAAGAUCGUGGGAAAGGCAAGAAGGGCAGAGACACGUACUUUAGUGUUGCUUCUUCUAGUUCUGCUUCCUUUGAAUUUUGAUCGCAGCUUCUUUCUACUUUUAUUGACUUAAAAAUAGCAUUGCUCUAGCUCUACCUCUAGCCUUGUGCUCUUACUUGUUGCUGAUGGUCGUGCAUGAUAGAUACAUAGUUCUUACUCUUACACGACAGUACAUAGCCAUUCCUUGCGCAUAGUUCGCCACUUCCAACAUCAGGAACAACAACAAAUAUUGGGCAUUGGUCUGCCACAUGCACACGGGUGAUCCGGCGACAUGGGAAGACCUUCUCGCUGAUAGACCGGACUUUCCGCGAGUCUUCCUUGGUCCGGCUGUGUAUUGUGACGGAGGCCAAACGAAUCCACCGCCCAAAGUUGGAACCUCGUAUCCAAAAUGCGACUUAAGAAUGCGAAGCCAUAAGGAGGGAAGCAGCGCGAUGACCUCUAAUAGUAGUAAGAAUAGUAGUAGUAAAAAUUCAACUACUGGGAACUACGAGAUGAGCGACCCACCUGCGGCGCAGGGGUCGAGUGUUGUCCGAAGUCCUGCGGCCCAUGCUGCGGCAACAUCUUGGAAAGGUGCAAGAAGUAAAGCAGACCAGGGAGGUUCUGCUUCCAGCGGCGGCAAUAAAGGUCAAAAAUAUCAUCAUGGCGGAAAGGUUGGCGGAGACAAAAAUAAUAGAGGCUACUACUCAGCAGGCGUCUUCGAAGGUGCUUCGAAUCCAACAGCUGCAGGUAAGGGGAAGAAGAUUAACGCAACUUCUACUUCUAGUACUAAAUUAAUCAGCGAAAAAAACAACACAUCCAUGAGUUUUACAGCUUCUGGCAGUACGACUACAAAAGUUGGAGCUCUCGCCAAUGGUGCACUUAGUAGUGCGACGAAUAGCGCUUUUCCACGUAGUACAAGAAGCGCAGUGCCUUUUAUUCAAGGGGCGCCACCUUUUUGUGUGCCGGCAGAUCAUGCUGCAACGCCAACGGGCAGCGCGAUCGGAAUGCAGGGCGAUGCGAAAGGCAACAAGCCUGCGACAAGCGCAGACCACGCCAUCAAAUCAGUUCCACAACUUCUGACCAAUACAACUGAGAAUAGCAAGAGUGGCGCCAGCAUGAUCGUCAGCAGUCCUGCUCCGAGUCGAGGCGAUUGUCGGUCGCGCAGUACUAAAAGAAGAAUCAUGGGCAUGAGCCCUGGUGAAAGUAAGAGAGGUGGUAGAAGUCGUGGGAGAAGCCUCCGACGCCCUAGUGAGGGCAAUCGCAAUAGGCAAGAAGGACGCAAGAGCGUCGCGCGUCAACGUCUAGAAGAGGGAAAUCACAAAGGAGGACGCCGACACGAAUAUCGCGACCGGCGUGAGGAUCGUGCUCAUAGAGGACAUUAAGGGUUCCCCUAAUCCAUCUUCGGAAGCAUCUCUGGGACGUUUUCAAGGGAAAAACAGUCGCAGGAUGGGCUUCGAGAUGGAUUAGGGUAAGCUCUAAAGAGGACAGCGGCGGAAAAGUCUCGCACCUCCACGUGGUAGGAGUUCAGGGCGUAAGAGUUUGCCUCCACCUCCGCGUAAGAGCUUCGCUUAGCAAGUAGCCAACAAAAAAAUAUCCCUGAUUGAUUAGACUGUUGACACUUGACAGGUGAUUCGUGAGUUCUUCCGUAGUUCUUACACCUUUUCAGAUGAUUAUACUUUUCCGGCUUAGCUGUACAACAUUGUCAACAACUUAUAGGAGCAUUUCUACCAGUACUGGCAUGUCCUAGACAUUGAGACUCACAGUACUUAGUAUUUUUUUGGUCCCCAGCACCCACUCAUGUGUCUUCUAGUCGUCAAAAACAUUAACGUUUUCUCUUUCCCAUGUCUUAGACAUUGAGACUCACAGUACUUAGUAUUUUUUUGGUCCCCAGCACCCACUUAUGUGUCUUCUAGUCGUCAAAAACAUUAACGUUUUCUCUUUCCCCAUCAGCUUAAUCUUCCCCAUCAUCUAUACGUAUAGCGAGACCAGGCAUUUCUGUCGCACUACUCGAUCCGGCCAAAGAAUGUUAUUCUGUCUAUCCAUUGUUGCCAAGAAAAGCAUCUACCGUCAAAAUGGAUGUUGCUUCGCAUGCGUU